AAAAAAAAAAAAAAAAAAAAAAAAAAGCACCAUUUUUCUGAUAGAAAAAGUGUCAGAAAGCGUUGAAAACGCGAAGGUGAUCUGUAAAGAGGCCAUUGUUGGGUGUCUGUGUUUUUGGGCUCCUUCCAGAGACUCCAAAUCAUCAUUCUCUCUCUCUAUGAAUUUGGAUUUCUCUUCGGCCUAAGACGACUCCACGAUGUGGAGGAACUCAAUAGGUUUCUCUUCAAAAAUCCUAGUCUCCCACAAUUCGUACCUUUCUUCUUCCGCAGCAAACGGCGUCGUUCGGCCUCUGCUUCUCUCUCACUCUUACUCUCAUCCCUGCUCUUCUUCUACUUCUUCCUCAUCUGAAUCUAUCAAACUAGGUUUUCCGCGAUCCGAUGGAAUUCAAGGGGUUUCGGCCACUGUUGUCGAUCUAUCAUCCAAAGCCAGGGAAGCUGUGGACUUUGCUAGCCACUACGGCCGCUGCUAUUGGGAGCUCUCCAAAGCUCGCCUCAGCAUGCUAGUUGUAGCAACUUCUGGUACUGGAUUUGUUCUUGGAAGUGGAAGUGCUGUUGAUAUGGCUGGACUUUGUUGGACUUGUGCUGGUACUAUGAUGGUUGCAGCAUCUGCUAACUCCUUAAAUCAGGUAUUUGAGAAGGAAAAUGAUGCCAAAAUGAAGAGAACGAUGCAGAGACCACUGCCUUCAGGGCGCCUUACAAUAUCUCAUGCUGUCACCUGGGCAUCUACUGUAGGUUUAGCUGGCACUGCUUUAUUGGCAAGCAAGGCUAAUGUCUUGGCAGCUGGUCUUGCAGCUUCUAAUUUGGUUCUUUAUGCGUUUGUUUAUACUCCCCUGAAGCAGAUUCACCCAGUGAAUACUUGGGUUGGGGCUAUUGUUGGUGCUAUUCCACCACUUCUAGGGUGGGCUGCAGCUUCUGGACAGGUUUCACUUAAUGGAAUGAUUCUCCCAGCUGCUCUCUACUUUUGGCAAAUACCCCAUUUUAUGGCCCUUGCAUACUUAUGUCGCAAUGACUAUGCUGCGGGAGGGUUUAGGAUGUUCUCUCUUGCUGAUGCUUCCGGUCAGAGAACAGCCUCAGUGGCUUUACGGAACUGUCUCUAUCUUAUCCCUUUGGGGUUCUUAGCCUAUGAUUGGGGUUUGACGUCUAGUUGGUUUUGCCUUGAAUCUACUGCCCUAACCCUUGCAAUAAGUGCUACAGCAUUCUCAUUUUACCGAGACCGUACCAUACAAAAAGCAAGGAAGAUGUUUUAUGCUAGUCUUCUGUAUCUUCCGGUGUUCAUGUCGGGAAUUUUGUUUCACCGUCAGUCUGACGAGCAAACUAUUGCAGAAGACAAUUUAGAUAGUAACCUAGAUUUAUCAUCCUUGCAAGAGACUGAGACCGUCAAGCGGAAGAACAAGAGCAAACAAGCGCGGCCACCAGUUGCUUAUGCCUCUGUUGCUCCAUUUCCUUUUCUCCCUGCUCCUUCUUAUGUUGCUUCUUGAUAAAGUCUGUUAGAUUUUUGUACCAUGGUUCAUAAUGAUAAUAAGGUUAAAGAUUUUGCUAUCGAAGCAUUUUGUUAUUGCUUUGAUUAGACCAGUUCGGCUUGUUUUGUUAGCAACAUCGUGUUUGGUGUUUAUAUGUCUUAACAUUAAAUGAGAAAUGUAUUCUUUUGAAGAGUAAAAUAAUGCAACUGAUUCUUAUUUAUGUCA